UAAUAAUGUAAAUAAGUAAAGUUAGAGUUAUUUUUAUGACUGAAUAUUUUUAACUAUACACAAACACUCCUAUAUUUCAUUAAUUUAGUUUCUUUAAUUUAUUGAUAGAAUAUUUUUUAUUUAACUUUUUGACAAUUGAUCGAAUACAUUCAGUCACUUAAAUGUUUUCAAGGUAACUUAAAUUCGAAUGUAUUAAGCCCAUUUAAAUAACUUUAGUAUUACUAAAAAAAGAUGACACUCCAUCUCUAGAGAUCCCUGUAAUCGAUCGAACAAUUAUUUGAGAUGAUGCAGUUGAAUUUUAAUCACUUUCUGGAAGGAAGGAAUUACAUAGUUUUCAUUCUAAGCAUGGAGUUGAACUUGAGAUUUCUCCCCCUUUGUACACAAUCUUACCAGAUGAGCAACUCCCCCGCCCCGUUAAUAGCAUUAGUAUUACUAAACGAGCUAGGGUCCUAGUCCUAGCCAGUCAGAUUGCUAGCUAUUUGGCUUGCUCUAUUUAUUUACGGACUAUAAAUGAAAACAUCACUAGAGCUAGACGAGUUCCAAAUAGAGGAGGAGCGAUAGUGCGGGUGGAAGGAAGGAGUUACAUACGUUUCCGGCCUACACUACCUCGCUAGCUAGCUGCAAUUCCUUAGACCAGCCGUCGGACGACCACCGGGGAAGGAGUUACAUACGUUUCGGGCCUAUACUACCUUGCUAGCUAGCUGCAAUUCCUUAGACCAGCCGUCGGACGACCACCGGGUACGCCAUCCCUUACAUCAUUUCUAGAAUACUAUUAUUAUUAUAUAGUGGGAAAAGGUGCAAAUAGGUUCAUGUACUAACCAAAAAAGGUCAAAUAAGCCCUUAUUUAGGAGUAUGACCCCUAUAUGAGUCACAUGACACAUUAUCAAACAAAUUAAGCUUAAUUACUUGCAUUACAUGGGACAUUAUGAGCCCGUUUGGUAGCACAAAAAUCUGCUGAUUUGGCUGAUUCUGUUGAAAUUUAUGAAAUUCUGGCUGAAGUGGUUGCAUGGGCUAAUUAUGCCGAUUUGUAAAAAAUUAUUUUUAAAAUAUAUUUCAUUAAUAAAAUAAAGAAAAAAUUAUAUGUAAAAAUAGCUAAAAUGGUCAUCUACAGUAACUUCAACCAAUACAGCCAGAAAGUAACUUCAACCUUACUUUUUCUGUUUAUUACACAAUUCAGCGCGCGAAAGUAAAAGUUACGUGUUUGGUGAAAAGUUGACUGAUAAGUCUGAUAAGCAGAAAAACAGUGUUGCCAAACAAACCUCUAUAAUUUUAAUUGGGUGAGAAAUAAAAUAAAUAAAAUUAUAAAUUUGUUACUUUAAAUAUUAAACUCAAAAACAAUUGAUGUGACCUUGACACGAAUUGAUCGAUUUUGUCACGAAUCAUAGCGUAUUGUUUGUCUCGACACUAGGGCAGAUAGUGACAAAACAACAUUGACAUGAAAUUUAACAUAUUUGUGUUAUAUCCAUGUCAAAUAUUCUAUAAAUUAUGAUGAAUCUGUUUCAAAAUUCGUGCUAAAUUUGUUCAAUUUUUUAUUCUUUUCUAGUGACAAAGCCAUCACUUUAGGCUUUUUGUGGUCAGCACACAUCCAACCGGCCACCCAAAGUGCAGAAUAGACUAUUCGUUGCAUUCAAACGUUCAAAGAACAUAGACACAUAAUAAGAUUUCUAAAUUCAUAAUAAUAUGACAUCGACAUGCAAGUCACGUGUUCUCCCCUCUUUUUGUCCCGCUUUUAUUUAUUCUCCUGAACAGCCAAACAUAAAAGUUUGUGAACAACAUCUAAGAGCAAUAUGUUUUAACUUUUAAACAAUUAAACAAACUUUAAGAUCAUGUUUUCUUUAUUUGUUAAUAAAUUGUUUGGGUCGUAAUCGCUUAUGAUCCACGUGAUUCACUUAAAAAUAAUAAAAAUUCGUAAAAAAAAUACCAAAAAAAUAAUAAAAAUAUUUUAAAUAAUACGGAGUAAUAAAAUUGAAAAAAAAAUUGCAAAAAAAAAAUCACCGCCGCCUCUGCCGCCCCAGCACCACCACCUCCAGUCAUAUGGGAAAAAAAUGCAAAACUAAGUAUGAAUGCCAUAUUUUUGGCAGAGGUAAGAAUUGAAUGAUUCAAGUUGGCAUUCUCAAAGAGAAAUAUGCCAUUUUUGGCAUUUUCCGAAAAAAUGGCAGUUUUUAGUAAAUAUGGUUUUUUUUAACAGCCGUAGGCGGUGGUGCAGGGAGGCAGUACCACCACCUCCUGUAACCGGGGGAAAAUGCCAAAUUCUUUACGAGUGUCAUAUUUUUGGCAGAAGUCGAAAGUAUUCAAGUUGACAGAAUGAAAGUGUUGGCACAAGUCAAAAGGAUCAAAGAGUAAUAUGCCAUUUUUUUGGAAUUUAAAAAAAAAGAUGGCAUUUUUUACACCGAUCGGAGGUGGUGGUGCAGGGAGGUAGUACAGGCGGUGGGAGAGGCAUCCAUAUUUUUUUUAUUAUGGAGUUUUACUAUUUUUAUGAAUUUUUUGAAAAAAAAUAAUUUUUUUUUGAUUUUUUAUUUUAUAAAAAAUUUCUUAAUUUUUUAUUAUUUUUCUAAGAAUUUUUAAAAAAAUUUCGAAUUAAACAUUUAAUUAUGACUUUUGAUUAUGUUUUACUCAUAUUUAAAUGAGGGGUAAGAAUGGAAUGACGAAAUAGGUAUGUUUCCAAUAGGACCAAUAUGGUCCUAUUUUCGAAUAAAAAAAACAUACAAGUCUUAUUUUGAGUUUUUGCCAUGGUUUUAGUCCUAUUUGAAGGCAGUCAAAUGAUUUUUUGAAGAUAAAUGCGAAGUUAAACAGCGCAGUACAUUUCGGAAAAUCAUUUGACUGCCUUCCCGGUUGAGUUUUUAGCUGAAAUUUAGUAUGGAUAAACUAGACUUAAUGAAGAAGAUGCUAAAAACAUUUUAUCAAAAAAUUCCACCGGGAACCGCCCCAAUUAGCGACGGCCGGGCAGAACCUCCUAUAUAAGGGGCUAAUUAAACAUUUUAAGUUGGUUCAAGGGCCUAUUUGACCCUUUAGCCUAAUUUAUAUUAACAACCAUGUAUCCACUCUUAUACCUACCAUGUUUGUUAAGAUUUUUUUGUCUCUGAAUCCGGUUCACAGACAAAAUAUGUGUUAUUUUGUCUAUGCAAAUUUUGUGCAAACAAGAUAUUAUUUGAGAACGGAACUCACAGACUAAAAAAUAUUUCACAAACAUAAGUGAAUAUAAAAGUGAAUAUAAAGGUGAGUAUAAACAUCAUUUUUGUACCAUCUCUAGUACAACUCAAUAUAAUUAAUGCUGAGACUGCCCUCAUUAUUCAUUCACGUCUCAAUUGAAGAAAGUUUUGCUCUUUAUAUCCAUCAUUAAUAAGUUCACACUAUCGCACCUUCACAUAAGGUUAAACCAAGCCAAGACUUCCUAAAACACUGAGACUAGAAAUAGACAUCUCAGAUUAGACAUCUCAGAUUAUUCAAUAGAAUUAGCUAACAAUAUGUAUUAAGAUAGAUUCAAUCACAAUCUACGAAACGAUUCAAUCACAAUUUCAAAUUUGCCAGUAGUAACAAAUAUGGAGGAUCAAACGUCACUGUAUUCAAGUGAAUUAUUUUAUAGCCGUUCCUAAUUCCUAUGGUAUUUGUGUUAAAAAGAACUAAAAAGUAGCUAGACAUACUGAUUGUAGCUAUGUUAAUUUUGAAAAUAACCAUAAAAAUGUUAAAAUGGUUUUAACUGGUUUAUGAAUUACGUAAAGUAGAGGAAAAUAAGAAACCCGAAUUGGGGCCUUAAUUAAUUUUAAAUUAAAUAUGCACACUCAAGGGAUCCACACCAAUUCAACAAAAUGGUGGUGGAGAUAUGAUCUCAAAUAAUUUUUUAGCAGAGUGAUUUAAUGUCUGGCGUGUAUAAAGAGUUCAUGAAUAAACUCGCAUACUAUCGUAAACACGAGACCUUAUCUCAUACGCAGUCUCCGUUGAGCUACUCGAUCAUAUCGGGGAUUCCACAUGCAAACUAUGUAAUACCUAUACCACGGGUGAGAAAUUAAUCAAAGUAUCAGUGUAUCACAUUAUUGUUAAUUCGAAAUCUCCAAAUUGCAUUUCUGGAAAAUUAAAGCGACUCUCUCCUUUCUAGCUAAAAGUCACAUUCAUACAUACAUAGAUAGCUUAAAGGCACGCAAUACAAUUUAAUGCACGUCGUAACGUAGUCCAUAUGAGUGGUGACAACUCAAUAAGGUUACGAUGCAGCCAUCUCUCAUCAGCCAUGUGUGGAUGGAUUGUUACUUAUUACUUUUAAUUAAUUUAGUCUUAUAACUAGUUUGCUUUAUUUUCGUUAAGGCCCUCAUGGGGUAGGGGUUGUUGGCCCACAUAAGUAAUUUCUUUAGGUCCAUUAUUUUCUUAUUUACAAUCAGACGGCAAUUGAUAUUUGGGUUAUUUGAAACUGGUUCUACUUCUGCUUCUGCAUCUUUCUUAUAGCAGAAGCAGAAUUAAAAUCAGUUUUCAGGAGCUGAUCUCCCACAUUUUCUAAAAAAACUUAUUCUAAGAGUAAAUUAGAGCACUAGAAUGACUUCUGCACUUUCACCCAAACACUUUAACUUCUGCUUUAAAAAUCAGAUCCAAACAACUCCUUGGUAAUAUAGGAACUAUACACACACUAACACACGGAUGUGGAACAUUUUACAUAGUCUUAAGAGACAAAGAGUUGGCAUAUAGCAAGCUAGACUGAUAAUACGGAAACAUAUGUCAUCAUAGGCUUUAAGGCUUGUUUGGUUAUUUACGUAUUGCGGAGUAUAAUAUUGCAUUGCAAACAAUCGCAUGUAAAAAUUAGAUAAACAAACCCUUUGAACAUAGAGUUUUACCUCUCCACCACAUAAGCUACUUUACAUGAUGCAAUGUUUAAAACAAAUUUUCUACAAUUUAUGUUAAGUAAUGAAAGUAAAAUUAUGACAAAGUUAGUGGAACAACCAAAAAGAAAAGUUGACAAAAUUUUAAUGAAUGAAAGGAGUAUAGUAAUAAUCUAAAUAAGUAAAGUUAGAGUUAUUUUUAUGACUGAAUAUUUUUAACCAUACACACAUACUCCUAUAUUUCAUUAAUUUAGUUUCUUUAAUUUAUUGAUAGAAUAUUUGUUAUUUAACUUUUUGACAAUUGAUCGAAUACAUUCAGUCACUUAAAUGUUUUCAGGGUAACUUAAAUUCGAAUGUAUUAAGCCCAUUUAAAUAACUUUAGUAUUACUAAGAAAAGAUGACACUCCAUCUCUAGAGAUCCCUGUAAUCGAUCAAACAAUUAUUUGAGAUGAUGCAGUUGAAUUUUAAUCACAUUCUGGAAGGAAGGAAUUACAUAGGUUUCAUUCUAAGCGUGGAGUUGAACUCGAGAUCUCUCCCCCUUUGUACAUAAUCUUACCAGAUGAGCUCCUCCCCGGCCCCGUUAAUAGCAUUAGUAUGACUAAACGAGCUAGGGUCCUAGUCCUAGCCAGUCAGAUUGCUAGCUAUUUGGCUUGCUCUAUUUAUUUACGGACUAUAAAUGAAAACAUCACUAGAGCUAGACGAGUUCCAAAUAGAGGAGGAGCGAUAGUGCGGGUGGAAGGAAGGAGUUACAUACGUUUCCGGCCUACACUACCUCGCUAGCUAGCUGCAAUUCCUUAGACCAGCCGUCGGACGACCACCGGGGAAGGACUUUUCUGUUAAUGGAUGUAGAGUCUGCCUACAGAGUGGAGAACAAAGAUGUCAUUCAAGGGAUGAAAGGUGCGUUGUGGCCUUUGGAUGAAAUAGAUCCAAAGAACGGAAAGUUCCCAUGUUGUUUGGUUUGGACUCCCCUUCCAGUAGUGUCAUGGUUGGCUCCUUUUAUUGGGCAUGUUGGGCUGUGCAGGGAGGAUGGGGCAGUGAUUGACUUUACGGGUUCUGGCUUUAUCAAUGUUAACGACUUCGCAUAUGGCGCUGUGGCCAAAUACCUUCAACUAGACAGAGAUCAGUGUUGUUUCCCGUCUAACCUUGCUGGGCAUUCGUGCAUUCAUCGGUACAAGCAUGCAGAGUUUGGAACAGCUAUUAGUUGGGACGACACGAUCCACUCCGGCAUCCGCCAAUUCGAGCACAAAUCGUACAACCUCUUCACGUGCAACAGCCACUCCUUCAUUGCCAACUGCUUGAACAGGAUGUGCUACAAGGGAUCAAUGAAUUGGAACAUGAUCAAUGUCGCGGCUCUUGUUUUGCUGAAGGGGCGAUGGGUCAACCUCCUCUCAGUUGUGAGGGCAUUUUUCCCUUUCGUGUUUGUAGCUUGUUUGGGCAUUUUUAUGGUCGGGUGGCCUUUUUUUGUUGCGUUGUUUUCGUUUUCAUUUCUCAUUCUUGUAUGGUUUGUUUUGGGAACAUACUUCUUCAAAAACAUAUUGGAAGACUAAAAUGAAAGAGAAACUCAUUGUAUUUCUCCUGACUUGUACUGUGACUAAACAUUAUACCUCGCUCGACACAUCCGAACAUGUAAUCCUUUACUCAAAUAAAAACAAAAAAUCAUUUUCUUUCUCCCGUUGGUUGC